AUGGAGGACUUAUUGAAAAUACAAAUUUAUGACAACUGUAGAAUUGCCUUGCCGGAGGGUCUGAAGGAUUUGAUGAGUGAUAUAUCAAGAGAGGUUCUCAGAGCACAACCAAAAGACCUGCUAGGAUUCAUAGCAGACUAUCUAUCAACGCUGCUGGUAACUAGAGAAAACCUUAGCAUCGCCAGCAGGUUAUGCCGUGACGUCUGCAAGUACCUCUGCGCUACAGGGUUGGAAGACGAGCUCAAAUAUUUGGGGCUGAGUGUGGAGGAUGUCGCCAUCGUGACCAAACUUGUUAACAAACAUCUUGAUGCAGCUGAUGAGGGAAAGAUCUUUGAAGAAGGAAAUCUUUUACAAAAGCUGCUACUGAGAACAUCAAUUCCAGUGGAACAGAUGUCUAAGAUACAAGAGGCAGUUCGCAAGACUUUCCUGCGUCAUUACACACACCAGACAGGUAUUUUUAAUUCAACACCAGACGCAGAUUUAGACGAAGUUUCAAAAGCAGUCCGCCACACCAUGGACCUGUACCGCAAGACUCACCCUACCGAGGAUCAGUACCAUCGCAUGGCUAUCAGAAUACAGGCAGCCUAUCGAGCUUACGGUGUAAGACGCGAGCUAGCCAAACAAACAAACAACCAGUGGACAUACGCUGAUGACGUCCUCGACCGCGCAGACGCAGCAGAACUCCAUUACGACGAAAUCGACAAAGAUAUACAAAAGGCAACAGAGAUUGUAGAUAUUCCCGGGAACAGCACAUAA